AUGGAGAAGGGACAGAGGAGGCUGGGGGUGGACGACUGGCAUCGUGACAGGGACCAGUUUGAUGACAUAGAGCGUCACACCCAGUGGGGGCUGGAUCUGAUGGAGAAGUAUGUGAAGUUUGUGAAGGAGCGGACGGAGAUCGAGCAGGCCUACGCCAAGCAGCUCAGGAAUCUGGUGAAAAAGUAUCUUCCGAAACGGAACACAAGAGAAGAUCCAGAAUCCAAGUUCUGCCAGUACCAGGCCUUCCUGCAGGUGGUGAAGGAGCUCAAUGACUUUGCUGGGCAGAGGGAGGUGGUGGCGGAGAACCUGACGACGCAGAUCUGCGUGGAGCUCUCUAAGCAUGGCCAGGAGCUCAAGCAGGAGAGGAAAUCGCACUUCCAGGAGGGCCGGCGAGCCCAGCAGCAGCUAGAAAACUCCUUCAAGCAACUCGAAAACAGCAAACGGAAGUUCGAGCGGGACUGCAGGGAGGCGGAGAAAGCCAUGCUGGCGGCCGAGAAGCUCGACCAAGACCUCAAUGCCACCAAGGCGGACGUGGAGAAGGCGAAGCAGCAGGCCAAUCUGCGCAGUCACAUGGCGGAGGAGAGCAAGAACGAAUACGCCUCCUUCCUGCAGAAAUUCAACCGGGACCAGAGCCAGUUCUACUUCCUGGAGAUGCCGCAGAUCUUCAAUAAGCUGCAGGAGAUGGACGAAAGGCGAACGGUGCGGCUGAAGGAAGGCUACGGCGUCUUCUCCGAGACUGAGCGGCAGGUCAUGCCCAUCAUCGGCAAGUGCCUAGACGGCAUGAAGGCAGCGGCCGACUCAGUGAACGAGAAGAACGACUCCCAGGUGCUGAUCGAGUUACACAAGUCCGGCUUCGAGAGGCCGGGAGACGUGGACUUCGAAGACUUCAGCCAGCCUAUCAACCGCACCUCUUCGGACAGCAGCCUGGGGACGCCCCGGGGCACCCUGGAUGGCCGGCUGGACCCCCGCUUGCUGGGCAAGAACAAAGGGAAGCGCUGGCUCUUCAGCAAGAAGAAUAAGCUCCCGCCCCCUCCCCUCUCCCCAGUGAUCUCUGCCCCUCCUCCUUCCUCCUCGUCUGCCACCAACGGACCUCCAUCCCCCAAAUUCACCCGGGACCCUCUGUCUUACUGUCUGAAUGAGAUCAAUAAGACAGUCAAACCCCGCAUCGCCUCCUUCCGCAGCCUCAAACGGGGGCCUGUGAUCACGGAAGAUUUCAGCCACUUGCCGCCAGAGCAGAGGAGGAAAAAGCUGCAGCAGAAGAUCGAGGAGAGGAACCGGGAGCUGCAGAAGGAAAUCGACCAGAGAGAUGCCUUAAACAAGAUGAAGGACGUGUACCAGAAGACGCCCCAGAUGGGCGACCCCGCUAGCCUGGAGCCAAAGAUCUCUGAGACCCUAAGCAACAUCGAGAAGCUGCGCCUAGAAAUCCAGAAAUACGAGUCGUGGCUGGCCGAAGCCGAGAGCAGAAUGCUGAGUAACCGGCCGGACAACACCCUGAGAUACAGUCGCCACCUGGACCACACCACCACCCUGAACAACAACGGCUCCCACGAGAAGGGCAGCCCUGACGCCACCCACUCCGACGACAGCCAGGAUGCCCUGAACCAGCCGAUCUACACGGAGUUUGACGAGGACUUCGAGGAGGACCUGGCCUCGCCCAUCGGCACCUGUGUGGCCAUGUACCAGUUUGAAGGUUCCAGCGAAGGCACCAUCUCCAUGACGGAGGGAGAGGAGCUGAGCCUGAUGGAGGAGGACAAAGGCGACGGCUGGACGCGGGUGCGGAGGAGCAAAGGGGGCGAGGGCUACGUGCCAACAUCCUACCUGCGGGUCACCCUGAACUGA